UCGCGAACUUCUUCUAAUUCCCUCCUUUUUCUGUCACCGGAAAGAGAACUAACUGUUGAAGCAUCCCGGAUUCAAUAAUCACCGACGUCUCUCUUCUAGGGUUUCUCACUCUUCACCCAUUGAUAAACUUUCUUUCUUUCUCUGCCUUCUUCGAUCAUUAUUGAUUCUUGUGUUCUUGAUUUGAACUUUAUCACCAGAAUUUACUCCAGUUUUUACAAUGUCUACUUCCGGUGAUCAAGCCACCGCCAAAAAUACUAACCCUAACAACUCAUACGAGAUUACUCCACCAGCCACCGACUCUAUCUCAAGCUUAAGUUUUAGUCCAAGAGCCGAUAUACUUGUGGCAACUUCAUGGGAUUGUCAGGUGAGAUGUUGGGAAAUAACCCGUAGUGACGGCUCUAUAUCCAGUGAACCAAAAGUAUCAAUGUCGCAUGAUAAUCCGGUUUUGUGUUCUGCUUGGAAAGAUGAUGGAACCACAGUCUUUACAGGAGGAUGUGAUAAGCAAGCAAAGAUGUGGCCAUUAUUGUCUGGUGCUCAACCAUUCACUGUUGCUAUGCACGAUGCACCUAUUUGCGAGAUAGCUUGGAUCCCUGGAAUGAAUCUCCUUGUCACUGGAAGCUGGGAUAAAACUUUGAAAUAUUGGGACACAAGACAGCCAACUCCAGCGCAUACCCAACAGCUUCCAGACAAAUGUUAUGCUUUGACAGUGAAAGAAUCUCUGAUGGUCGUUGGGACUGGGGAUAGAAAUUUGCUAGUUUUCGACUUGAAAAAACCUCAGAUGGAGUUCAAGAGAAUUGAAUCGUCACUGAAGCACCAGACAAGAUGUCUUGCUGCAUUUCCUGAUCAGAAAGGGUUUCUGGUUGGUUCAAUUGGGGGAAGUGUUGGUGUCCAUCACAUUGAUGAUGCACAAGUGAGCAAAAACUACACUUUCAAAUGCCACAGAGUAGGCAAUACUAUUUGCUCUGUAAAUUCUCUGAAUUUUCACCCGAUACAUGGCACGUUUAUCAGCACUGGCUCUGAUGGUACAUUCAGUUUCUGGGACAAAGAUAGUAAAACAAGACUCAAGGCCAUGUCAAGGUGCGAUCAGCCGAUUACUUGCAGUACGUUCAAUCACGACGGGGCAUUAUUUGCGUAUGCGGUUGGUUAUGAUUGGAGCAAAGGUGCAGAAAAUCACAAGCCAGAUACUGCCAAGACCAGUAUAUACUUGCACCUGCCAGAGGAAGCCGAUGUGAAGCCCAGGUCAACAUACAAAGUCGGCAGAUUUACUGUGAAAAAGGAGCAGAUUUGAAACAUUUUGAGUAAAUAUUGGGCAUAUUU